AACAGAAUCAUAGACGACAAGACACACACUCUCUCUCUCUCGGCGAAUGGGCGGUAGAUGGAGAACCGUGUCCCUUCUUUUCAACCGAAUAACUUCUUCGUCGUCGCUAUUCAAACCUCGUUUUCCUCCACCUCUUUCCACCAACAAUCGCUUUCUCUCUUUCGCCGCUUCUUCUGCAAUUCCUUGCAGUUUCGACCCGGAUCCGACUUUCGGGUACGAAGCUCCGCAGGAUGACCAAACCGUCAAAAUCCCCGUCAAAGCAUACUUCCUCUGCACAAGUAUAAAUCUCAAGGGCAUUCAGGCUGACAAUAUGAGAAAUGUUGUUCCCCCAUCUUCUCGCUCAUCAUCAAACUACGUUGCCCUCCGGUUUUGUGACUUCAAUCCAGACUAUAAAGGACAUGCAUUUCAUGUGAAAGCAAGCAGCUGUCGCUACAUGGUUGUAUACCAGUAUGGCUCUGCUGUUUUGUUUAACAUUGAGGAUCAUGAAGUGGAAGUUUACCUAGAUCUAGUUAAGAGGCAUGCAUCUACUUUACUUCCAGAGAUGCGGAAAGAUGAUUAUGCAGUAAAGGAAAAGCCACUAUUAGUUGAAGACAUGCAAGGAGGCCCAGACUACAUAGUUCUAAAAUCUUUGGAUACUGAUGGCAUCCGUAUAAUUGGAAGUGUACUGGGACAAAGCAUUGCUCUUGAUUAUUUUGUGUCACAGGUUGAUGGCUUAGUUGAAGAGUUUGCCGGCAUAAAUCGUGGAAUGGAGAAAACUGGGACUUUCACUAUGGAUAAGAAGAAGCUUCUACAGCUGGUUGGGAAAGCUAACUCGCACUUAGCUGAUGUGAUUCUUAAAGUCGGUCUCUUUGAGAGAUCAGAAAUUGCUUGGAGAGAUGCGAAGUAUGCACAAAUAUACGAAUAUUUACGGGAGGAGUAUGAAGUUGCUCAACGCUUUGGAAACCUGGAUUUCAAAUUGAAAUUUGUCGAGCACAAUAUUCAUUUUCUCCAAGAAGUUCUCCAGAACAGGAAGUCAGAUUUCUUGGAAUGGUGCAUUAUUGGCCUAUUGACUAUUGAAAAUGUUAUAUCUUUUUAUGAGAUUCUUCGAGAGUCAAAUACAAUCUCUUAGUAACUAGUGAAGGAGAUUGAAGCUAUAGAUUAAUUUUUUGUAACAAUACUUCCAAUUUUUUAUCUAAUAAAAUAUUUUCACCUA